UUCAUAUUUAUACGUAAUUUCUUUCUUUUGGUUCAAGUGCGUUGUUCUUCUUCCUCAGCCACCGCCGCCCACGAGACAGAAGGGAGGGAGGCACAGGUAUACAGGAAAAGUUUCUCCCCGGCCUUUGGAAAAAUCAGAUACGGCUAUUGGCAAAAGCUUCAUCGUUUCCAAUCUGAAGAACCCGCCGGACGCCAGCUUUCAUGCUUAUCCCAUUCCUAGGUUGAUUCAUUCCAAGAUAAACUCAAAAUAAUAUUUUCUUUUCCAAUUCUUUCCGAGGAAGACUUUAGAUACAGUCUAUAAAAAGUUCAACAAUCACAGAAGGUUUUGCUGGAGAGAAAGAAAAUGCACGAGCAAAAGAAGAAUGCGGUAAGAGGCUGGGCUGGAACUUUGUAAAAACCGUCACUGUGAACGAGCAUUAUCGGAUUUUUGCGUGGUAACCUCCAUUGAACUCACCAUUCUCCUACGUAACGUGAGGAAUAUGAAGUACGUAAUGGUUACGGGAGGCGUUGUUAGUGGACUGGGAAAAGGGGUCACUGCUAGUAGUAUCGGAGUCCUCCUUAAAGCUUGUGGUCUUCGAGUUACUUCCAUUAAGAUUGAUCCUUAUCUAAACACAGAUGCUGGUACCAUGUCUCCUUUUGAGCACGGUGAAGUGUUUGUCUUGGAUGAUGGUGGUGAGGUUGACCUGGACCUUGGAAACUAUGAACGGUUUUUGGACAUCACGCUAACCCGUGAUAACAACAUCACAACUGGAAAAAUAUAUCAGUCAGUGAUUGACAAGGAGAGAAGAGGUGAUUAUCUUGGGAAGACUGUUCAGGUUGUUCCACACGUUACAGAUGCAAUCCAAGAAUGGAUUGAGCGCGUAGCAAUGAUUCCAGUAGAUGGUAAAGAAGGUCCAGCUGACGUGUGUGUAAUCGAAUUGGGUGGCACCAUAGGAGAUAUUGAAUCGAUGCCAUUUAUUGAAGCACUUGGGCAAUUUUCGUACCACGUAGGUCCUGGAAAUUUCUGUCUGGUUCAUGUUAGUCUUGUUCCGGUCCUCAAUGUAGUUGGUGAACAGAAAACUAAGCCUACUCAACACAGUGUUCGAGGGUUAAGAGGACUGGGAUUGGUCCCAAAUAUUUUAGCUUGUCGCAGCACAAAGGAACUUGAUGAAAAUGUUAAGGAAAAACUUGCUCAAUUUUGUCAUGUGCCGGCAGAGUAUAUAAUUACUCUCUAUGAUGUGCCAAAUAUCUGGCAUAUUCCCCUGCUAUUAAGAGAUCAGAAGGCUCAUAAUGCACUCCUAAAAGGACUCAAUCUUGAAAGUGUAGCAGGAGAACCUGAUUUAGAUGGAUGGACAUCUAGGACAAGGUUAUAUGAUAAAUUGCAUGAUUCCGUCAAGAUUGCUAUGGUUGGUAAAUACACAGGCCUUUCAGAUUCAUACCUCUCUGUAUUGAAGGCUCUUUUACAUGCUUCUGUCGCUAGCAAUAGAAAGCUUAUUGUGGAAUGGGUUCCAGCUGGGGAUCUUGAAGAUAUAUCUGCCAAAGAGGCCCCAGAGGUUUAUAGAGCUGCAUGGGAACUCUUAAAGGGUGCUGACGGUGUUCUAGUUCCAGGAGGUUUCGGUGAUAGGGGAGUACAAGGGAAAUUACUAGCAGCCAAAUAUGCUCGAGAGAAUGGGAUUCCAUUUCUGGGCAUAUGCCUAGGGAUGCAAAUUGCUGUCAUUGAAUUUGCCAGAUCUGUUCUUGGUGUACGUGAUGCUAACAGCACAGAGUUUGAUCCUGAAACCACGAAUCCAUGUGUGAUUUUUAUGCCUGAGGGUUCAAAGACUCAUAUGGGAGGAACUAUGCGUUUAGGGUCGAGGAGAACUUACUUUAAUGUUAUGAACUGCAAAUCUGCAAAGUUGUAUGGCAAUGUAAAGUUUGUUGAUGAGCGGCAUAGACAUAGAUAUGAGGUCAAUCCUGAAAUGGUGUCUCAACUUGAAAAGGCUGGUUUAUCUUUUGUCGGCAGUGAUGAAACAGGUCGUCGUAUGGAGAUUGUUGAGCUGGUGGGCCAUCCAUUCUUUGUAGGAGUUCAGUUUCAUCCUGAAUUUAAGUCCAGACCAGGGAAACCUUCCCCACUCUUCUUAGGGCUCAUUAAAGCAGCAUGUGGCCAAUUAUCGGCAGAUGCGAUAAGCAAUGGCCACACCAAGAUAAAGAUUCUGCAAAACGGACACAGCCUGAAGUCUACGCAUGGGUUAUUAAAUGCAGCAUAUGGCAACGCAGUAGUUUGCCCUUGGAAAGAUGCAAACCACCGUUUAUGAUGACAAUGGUCGGCUUAUGUCCGGAGGAUUUAAGUGAAGGCCCUUGGGCUUACUGUACAGUUGUUUUAUGGUCUAGUUUAAGGCUUUAUCUACAAGAUGAAGCUGGAUAUUUUUGAUGUUAGUGCAGCACUAGUUCUCUAGGAAUAUCGAUUAGGGUAACGUAAACAUGUUUCAAAAAGUGGUUUCAACUUUAGGACAAUCGUUGGCGGUAAGAGAGUUUCUUCAUAUUUCUGGAAGUCUAGAAAAUUUUCUUCUGCAGUUUUUUGCCUUGCAUACUUGGUAUUUAUGAGUUAUGGACCCAGUUUACUUAUAUGCUUCUUAUGACUACUAGUUCACUCGUAAACAAAUAAAUCCAGGCAGGUUGUUUUA